AAACAAAACUGAAUUUGGCCAAGAUUGGGCUCCGGAUCCCAAUAGGAAUAAAACCCUAACCACUUAAAUACAAGUGCCGUAAAACAUCUCGUCGUUGACGAAACCCUAAAAAACCUGUUAUCGCCUCUUCAGAGAAACUCGUCCACCAUGGUGAAUGUUCCUAAAACAAAGAAGACUUACUGCAAGUCAAAGGAGUGCAAGAAGCACACCUUACAUAAAGUAACACAAUACAAGAAGGGCAAAGAUAGUUUAGCUGCACAAGGAAAACGUCGUUAUGAUAGAAAACAGUCUGGUUAUGGUGGUCAAACCAAACCCGUUUUUCACAAAAAGGCAAAAACCACCAAGAAAAUUGUUCUAAGGCUUCAAUGCCAAGGUUGCAAGCAUGUCUCACAGCACCCGAUUAAGAGGUGCAAACAUUUUGAGAUUGGUGGUGACAAAAAGGGAAAGGGAACUUCUCUAUUUUAAGCAGUUAUGCAUCAUUUUUGGCUGGCUUUUUCAGUGUUAUCUUUUUUCUUGUUUACAAUGCAAGAAUGUAAUGACUUCACAGAUUUUGGAUUGUAUUUUCUUUUAUUUAACUUGGACUACUGUUUAAAGUAAUGCAAAAUUGUUUUUCAA